CAACUAUGUGUGUUUCUGUGUAAAUGGAUCGAGGCUACGUUUAGAGACAGUGUAUGUGUGUGUAGGUUGGUGGCGGAUAUUUCACGGCUAUGGCGACAUAACACGUUCAGUUUGUAGCUGUUUUUACUUCCUUAAAGCUGUGCGUGUUUUCGUAUUUUUCGCCACUUUGAAUCUGCUUCGUUGUAGCAGUUCCAAGGUUCGUUGCCAUCUCAACAGGUUCGUUUUGAUCGUGAAAGAUUCUUCCUCUCCGAAGACACUCGUGGGUUUAUUGUUUUUUUUUUUUGGUUUCCCACGACGCCGAGCACACAUUUGUAGGGUAUAUAUAUAUUUUUUUAUUUAGUAAACAUGUCGGGAGCUAAUAGAGGGCAGGGAAGCGCGGCUAGCAGCGAGUACCACAACCAAGAAAACAUGCUAUCGAGGCUAAGAGGCUCGAUGAAACACAGAGGCGCCGCUUCAAAUGACAACCAGGAGAACCUUCCCCCGAAACAGGCCGGCACCAGAACCGUGCUGGGAGCCCUGCAGAGCAACAACCAGCACAGCAAAGCCCAGCAGCACAGCCAGCGAGGCGGAAAGCAGGAGUCAUCACAGCCCUUGUCUUGUAAAAAUGAAGACUUUGAGAAGAGCUGCUUCGAGAAGCCUUCCGCCAAGCAACCCACUUUCCAGAUCCACGUGGACGAGCCUGACGGAGGCAGAGUCAAGAAGCCGCCGCAGGUGGCCGAUGCUGUCAAGGCGAAGCCGACGGUCGAGGACUCUCCUCCGGUCAGCAACACUGUGGCGCGGCUCCGACAGCCCCUGGCUGCUAUCGAGGUUCCAUCUGUGAUGGAUGUCAGCUUUGAUUCUCCCAUGGACAUGUCUGUGGUUGAGGGGGAGGAGAAACCUGUCAAUGUAAAUGAGGUCCCAGAAUAUGCAGCUGAAAUCCACACGUACCUGAGGGAGAUGGAGGUGAAAACCAGACCUAAAGCCGGCUACAUGAAGAAGCAGCCAGAUAUCACAAACAACAUGAGGGCCAUCCUGGUGGAUUGGCUGGUCGAGGUCGGAGAAGAGUACAAACUCCAGAACGAGACGCUCUACUUGGCCGUCAACUACAUCGACCGCUUUCUUUCUUCCAUGUCCGUCCUGAGGGGGAAGCUUCAGCUGGUUGGGACUGCCGCUAUGCUUCUAGCUUCGAAAUUUGAAGAGAUCUACCCUCCUGAGGUGGCAGAGUUCGUUUACAUCACGGACGACACCUACACCAAGAAACAAGUGUUGAGGAUGGAGCACAUGGUGCUUAAAGUGCUCUCCUUUGAUCUGGCAGCGCCGACAAUAAACCAGUUUCUCACGCAGUACUUCCUCCAUCAGUCGGUGAACAAACGGGUCGAGAGCCUGGCAAUGUUCCUCGGAGAGCUCAGCCUGGUUGAUUCAGAUCCCUUCUUGAAAUACCUGCCAUCACAAACGGCAGCUGCCGCCUACAUCGUGGCCAACAACACGCUGACUGGUGGCUCAUGGCCCAAUUCCUUGGAGGAGAUGACCGGCUACUCCCUCAAAGAUCUAAUGCCGUGCAUUGAGGAUCUUCACCAAACUUACCUCGCUGCCUCUCAGCAUCCUCAGAAAUCUGUGCGGGAAAAGUACAAGGUUGCAAAGUACUUCGAAGUUUCUUCUGUUGAAGCGCCACCGAAACUGCUACUGAACUGAACUUCCUCCGUUCCCCUCGUCCAUGUAGAGUUGUACGCCUUGUCUUUAUUUUUUCUAAAUGAUGUGCCACAGUUUCAGAUAACAUGUCCUGCUCUUCUUGGAGUAGCGCUAGACAUUUUAGAGGUUUUAAUAUUUUUAUAUUCUAAAUCCCCCCCAAAAUUCAUGCCAUACACUACAGUUGAUGGCCAAUCAAGCAGUUUUAAUGGUUUGACUUUUUAAACGGACAAAAUGUGGAGGUCUUAACACCACUGUGUGAACAUGCUGCUUUAAUCUGCACGGUCUAAACUCUUAUUAGACUUGUAAACGUGCAAAAACCCAGAUGGCAAUUGUGGCUUCCCCAAUUUUUUUGUUUUUUGUAGGGCCUGUUAUUGCUGGUUAACCUUUGUUUCUGGAGGUGUAACCUUUUAACUGUCUAGCCUCAUGGGAUGCAGAUUAAAGUACGUUUUGUCUGUCA